AUGGUCUCCAAAAAUCAGCAGCAUAAUCAAUAACAGCUUCACUCACAGUAAUUAAUUAAUCUUACUCUUUUUAUUUAGGCUAAGAACCUUCCUGAACAUGGGACUCAGAAGUCAGGCCAAUCUUGCUGAAAAUCUUUGGCUGGUGAAGUUUGCUCUUACAUCCAUUCAGAAACCUUCAAUAGGUUUCUCAUACUAAUGAGUGAUUUUCUCUAAUACAUUUGAGUAAGCUUUUUGUGAAAAACCUCUUGAAGUGGUUAUUUGAUCUGGAGAGACAGGGUUAAAGCAUGAGGAAAAUGGCAAAUGCUUCCACUUGAGAGCUGCUGAUCAGGAUGAUGGUGACAAAAAUUGGAUUUGAAUUGUGAAUGGGAUGAAAAGUGUCGGGAUUUCUCAGUGAAAAAAAAAAAACGACGCGUUUCUCGAAAUAAACCCGUGAUAUGGGGGAGUUGUUGGAGAAUUAUGGGCUCCAGACGGGCUCUGUGAUGUUGUUGGAGCCAAGAGCUCUGCGGCCAUUCAAGACCUCAGAAGAAUACUUGUAUGCCAUGAAAGAAGACUUGGCAGAGUGGCUAAAUGGCCUCUAUUCUCUCAACAUCACUGUGGACUGUUUCAUGGACAAGCUGGAGACUGGUGUCGCCCUCUGUGAGCAUGCAAAUAAAGUGAGGAAGGCGGCACAGGAUUACAAAGCCAGGCACCCGAACAAGAAGAAAUUGUUCACCCUGUACGAUGUGCCCGACGAACAUGUGCCCUGGAGGCAGGACGCAAAACCUGGCACGUUUUUCGCCAGGGACAAUGUGCACAAUUUCAUUUCCUGGUGCAGAAAGUUGGGAAUCAUUGAUUGCCUUUUGUUUGAAACUGAAGACCUGGUGGCGAGAAAGAAUGAGAAAAGUGUGGUUCUGUGUCUUCUGGAAGUGGCCAGGAGAGGCGCCAGAUUUGGCAUGGCGGCGCCCUUGUUGGUCCAAUUUGAGCGCGAAAUUGAUCGCGACAUUGCCAAGGAUCAAAGGCAGGAAAUCAAGAUUCAGGACAGUGGUGAUGUUUUCGCCGCAUGCGAUGUUGAUGGUUGUGCCAGUGAUACGCAACCCGCCGGGCGUGAACCUGUGGUG